CCCUAUUUAAGUUCUCAUAAAGAUAUUGUGAAGAGAAAUAAUCUACGAAUGUCUCAAAAGUGGGUCAUUAAUGAGCACAACAAAACUUUUUUGAAGUGGUUCAAACAACAGGUUCAAAAUGACAAUACAACUUCUGAUACAUUAAAUUGGCUAGCAAGUGAGCCAAACUAUGAUGUCUUAUGCUGGAGUGGGUAUGAUAUAAACAAUUAUACAUUUCAUACAAAAGACGAAGAUGAAAAAAGCACCACACAUAAUAGUGGAGUAAUGGUUGUAGCUAAAUCAAUGCAUUUCUCAAGUUCAAAGGAUAAAUAUCCGAUUAUGGCCUCAAUGUGCUACUUUGGUGUAAUUGAAGAUAUUUGGGUAAUAGAUUACAUAAGUUUCAGAGUACCUAUUUUUAAAUGUAAGUGGGUUGAUGGUAAUACUGGCGUGAAGACUGAUGAUCUAGGUUUUACCUUGGUUGACCUAGAAAAGGAAGGUUAUACUAAAGAGCCAUUCAUCAUGGCAUCUCAAGCAAAACAAGUGUUUUAUGUCACUGAUCCCGCUAACAAAAGAUGGUCAGUGGUUCUCCAAGGCAGAACCAUACAUUAUACUGAUUACAUUGAUGAAUUGAUACUUGAUAUUAGCGAAACUCCAUCCUUCUCAUCAAAUAUGCCGACCUUGAAUGUCGACAAUGAAGUAGAUGAUGUUCAUGUCGUACGUGAUGACCACAAUGAAGGGUUAUGGGAGAACAUUCUAACUUGACCCAUUUAUUUAUGUGCUCAUAAACUUGUGUGCGGCUUUUCUUCACGCUCUUCAUCUUUCUCAGUUCAAGUUAAUUGGUGGGUAGGUUCAAAGUUUUGAUCUGAAGCCAUUACAAACAAGAUAACCUAAUAUCCAUUGCUUUCAGGGAAAUGCCCGGUGACACACCAUUUGGUGACCUUCCACCUUCACAAGGUGGGGACAAGAUUCAUACAUGUACCAAAAAAAAUGGUAGGCGUGGAACUAGGUUGAGGGAGUUAACAGUCAGUCGUAGUGCGGAUCAAAGAUUGCCUAUCCAAUUUGAUAUGCAAACUGGUAAAGCUUUGAGAGAUAAUAGCACAAAAUUCACCAGCUAUGUGGCCUUGCUUGGUAGGAGCAAGUCAUCCAUUCUUAUAGAUGAUUGGGACCAUGUUCCAGAGACAGUAAAGAAUCAGAUUUGGCUAAGUGUCCAAGUCACAUAUGAUGUCCCAAAUAGUAAUCUGUUGAGGACGAAAUGGAUUUCAUUUGCUGGGGAACGAUGGAAGGGUUUUAAGACGGACCUUACAAGUCGUUAUAUCUAUGGUCCCUUAAGUGAUAAAAACCCUUGUGAGAAGUAUUCGUUCCUUGAUGAAGACACAUGGCAGGCUUUUAAGGAAAGGCUAAGAGGAAAGCUGCACAAGAGAUAGCAAGAAAGAAUGUCCACCCCCAUAGAUUGUCUCGUGGGGGUUAUGAUAAAUUGGAGCAGAAGAUGAUGAAAGAGGCAUCUGCCUCUAAUUCCAGUGGGACUACUGUUACUCAUCCUCCUCGUCAUGAUAAAUGGAAAAGAGCUCGUCAAAAACCAACAGGGGAUUACAUAUCUGUAGAAACAGAAAGCGUAGCUAGGCGUACUGAUGAACUGGUCGAGCAAAGCACACAAGGAUCAUUCAUUCCACAGGGGCGUGAGGACAUAUUGGCAGUUGCCAUUGGUCGUCUAGAGCAUCCUGGACGUGUUCGUGGUGUUGGAAAAUUUGUAGGCAUCCGUCAAUUCUUUGGUCCUCCAUCAGCUAAUCAUAAUAAAGUAAAUAUCAAUGAGGAAGUUAUCAUGUCCAUCAAAGAAGAAAUGAGAGAACAAAUGAGGGAGGAAAUUAGGGAGGAGAUUAAGAAGGAGAUGAAGAAAGAGUACUUUGAUAUGAAGGCACAAUUGUUAUCAGACAUGAGAGCAGAGUUAGCCUCUCCCUCAGCCCAGCCUUGUAAUCCUCAUCAACAACCUUCUAUUAUUUGUGUAAGCACAAAGGGGAGUUGUGAUGUUCCUCUUGAAGAGGCUUCUCUCAUUGGUGAUGCAGAUUACGAGUUGUUCAUUGAUGAUCUCCUGCAGUCCUUGGUGGCUUUAGGUAAAAUGUAUGCAUUGGGGUCAACAAUACACCAUGCAACCAUUGCAGAUGAUAUGAUGAGAGUAGUGGUUGUAGAUGUUCGAGAUGCUACUGCUCCAGUCCCAGUGCCCACUCAAGAGGUUAAGACAGUGGGGCAGGCCCCUGGAAAUUUUAUCCUUUGGCCAGUUAGAUUAGCAAAAGUAAUUGCAAAGGAGCAGAUUAGAGUACAAGAAAAGGAAGAUGUGAAUGAAUCAUUACCACAACAGACAAUUCUAGAACGACUUGGUGCAAUGGUAGCGACUAUCGCCUUGCAACCUAUACAAUUAGAAAUGCCUCCCCAAGCCACAAAUAGGACCUUCAACACCCCUUUUUUUAUAUGUCAAAAGGAUAUUUUUGAAGUUCUCUCUAGCACUGAUAUGUUAUGUAUAUCAGUAAUACAACUUUGGUUGUUGUAUUUACAUCGUAGAUGCACUGAGAAGAAGAAUGAUCACAUAUAUGGAUUUAUUGAUCCUAUUGCCAUUCAAGGUGUUGGGAAUAAAAGUGAAGAGGUUCAAAAGUACCUAUUAGAGGCAUUUGAUGUUGGGAAAAAAGAAGUGUACUUAGCGCCUUAUUUGCAGCAGGGUCAUUGGCAGUUGUUGGUAAUUCUUCCUCAGAAGUUUGUUGUGGUUCUUUUGUGUUCAUUACAGAAGAAGCCUAACACUCUGAAAAUUAAAAGUACUUUACAAGCAGCGGUUGAGGCUCAUUCUAGGUUGCAGGGACAACAAAUCACUUCUAGAAAGAAGUUGCAGUUCAUUGCGCCAACUUGCUCACGUCAACCGGGAAGCUAUGAGUGUGGAUAUUAUACCAUGAGGCACAUGCAUAGAAUCAUAUCCGCAAACAUUGUUGACUCAUGGGAUAUGAUUUUCAAUGACACAUCUCCAAUGGAUCAAGGAGUCUUGAAGGAAGUUCGUGAGCAGUGGGCUUCGUUUCUUUUAAGUGUUUAUAUAAGAUGAUGUUAGGUGUUUUAUGACUUAUAUAGUAAUUUGUUUUGGAGUAGUAUUAUAUUUUAUAUAAACAUUAG